AUCAAGAACUCAAUCUUCCAAAGCAAUCACCUAAAGAAACCGAUGCGGCGCAUAGUCUUCCAGCUGAGGAGCUCCGCACCUAUACAGAAUUCUACAAUGGCGAGGGUCUCUAUAAAAACUGAGGGCGUGCUGCAGCGAUGUCCUAAGCAGGUUGUGGACCAAGGCCAAUGGCUACUUAAUUUGUACGUGAAGCUGCCUAUGUUGCUGAUGCACAGCAACGGAGUCGCUGGAGCUGUUUCAGGUGUCGCCGAAUAUCUUGCAAAUGUAGAAUUAAAGCUACUUUGUGGGGUGGAGGAAAGCCAGGCCACGGCGAUAACUAUCGAAUCAGAGACCACCACACCCACACCAUCUAGUAAGGUGUUUGCCUGCUUGUACUCAACGCUCAAUGAGCGCUGGGCUGUAGCUUCGAGACGCCGGACUUUUAUACCCUACGCUUUGCCACAAACCGAGUCGUAUCCGAUUUCCCCCCGCCAGACGGAGUCCUAUCCAAACAUUACCGAGGCGUAUUCGAGACAGACCGAGUCUUAUCCCAGCCAGACAGAAUCGUAUCUCAGUAGGACAGAAGCGCACCCAUUGCAAGAUUCACACCUAACAAGCCAUCGUCAUCCUUCAACCUGGCCAUCGACACCAAGGACUUUGACUAUGGCAACCAAGGAAGGGGCUACGCGGUCUACUAGAUGCUAGAUACACGCAUCCAUUCAUUUAGAUAGUAACUAAAAAUGCUUGAAAUGCAAAAUCCAAAUAUUCGAAAUUCUAUAUCUCGGCUAUUUAUUGUCCGAUCGGUGAAGGACCAACUCUUCCAGGAUCGUGAGACUCCAGACUGUCGAGCGGCAUCAAAAUAUCGCCUAUGAAAAUGCGGCCGAUUUUUGGCAAAUUUAAUGAUGUAACCAUCAUGAUUUUUUGCGAAAAUCGUGAAAAAAUGGAUGUCCCUGUUUUCGAUGACAGUCGAUUGACAGGACCCUCCCGGUCACGAAAAGACAUACCGCACUCCGAUCGGCUGCCGUAUAGCAGAGAUAUAGCGUGCAGAAGAACCCAGUACUAUAGUGAAAUGCAAAAUCCAAAUAUUCAAAUGGCUAUAUAUCGGCUAUUUAUUGGCCGAUCGGUGAAGGACCAACUCUCCCAGGAUAGUGAGGGUCCAGACUGUCGAACGGCAUCAAAAUCUCGACUAUGAAAAUGAGGCAUAUUUUUGGCAAAUUUAAUGAUGUAACCAUCAUGAUUUUUUGCGAAAAUCGUGAAAAAAUGGAUGUACCCUGUUUCCGGUGACAGUCGAUUGACAGGACCCUCCCGGUCACGAAAAGUCAUGCCGCACUCCAAUCGGCUGCCGUAUAGCAGAGAUAUAGCAUGCACAAAAAACCAGUAUUCUAAUGAAAUCUAAAAUCCAAAUAUUCAAAAGACAAUAUCUCGGCUAUUUAUUGGCCGAUCGGUGAAGGACCAACUCUCCCAGGAUAGUUAGGGUCCAGACUGUCGAAUGGCGUCAAAAUCUCGACAAUGAAAAUUAGGCAGAUUUUUGGCAUAUUUAAUGAUGUAAUCAUGAUUUUUUUCGAAAAUGGUGAAAAAAUGGAUGUCCCUGUUUUCGAUGACAGGACCCUCCCGAUCGCACGAAUACAUACCGCACUCCGAUCGGCUGCCGUAUAGCAGAGAUAUAGCGUGCAGAAGAACACAGUACUAUAAUGAAACGCAAAAUCCAAAUAUUCGAAAGGCUGAUUCAUACAUAUUUUGAUUUCUUCGCUAUUUAUGAUCCGAUCUAGGCGUGCGACAGCUUCCUGUGAUCGUCCGAAUUUUGGUGAUUUGGUGAAAUCCUUAUCAUGGGCCAAGGAUCAAGGAUAUUUUCUACAAUCAUAUGAAAAGGGGGUUGCUGACAUUAUUUCCCAUUAGCGUGAACCAACAACUCCGCCGUCAAUCACUGGUCACUGCUGCAGCGGACGGGCGCCACAUUGCAGGGCCAGCUACACAACAGCGUCAUCGGGAUAGGCCAGCCAGUGGCUGCCACAGAGGACGAGGAGCUAACGACAGGAAGAGGGCCAUGGCAGUGGCCGGGUCAAAAUGUCGGACAAAAAUCCACAGCCUCGCGCGACAAGAAUCAUGUCCCGAGGGGCGCACGGCAUCGUGGCCACGUGCGCAGGAGCCACCCGGGGCUCACAAUGUCAGUCGGUCAGGCGCCUGGAGUGGACAGCCGUCAUCAUAAGAACCGGAAGACCAGAAGACCGUGGUAAACGAUGGUGGUAACCGGUAUAUUGGUAUCCGCGAGCAACAAAGAGGUAUGACUGGGUACGGGAGGGGGCGACAUGUUAUAAUUAAAUGAAGAGUUAAAUAAAGUAAAUGAAUAAAUAAUAACUUAAGGUAAGGGGAGGUGAUCGUGGCAUAGAAGUUUGUGACCGAGACGGUAUUGGCCAAUAGAGCUGGAGGGAAUACAAAAAUAAAAGAAUAGGAACCAAGAAAAAAUAGUUAAUGGCAAAUGGCAAUGAAUAUGGGGGAAACAAGGAAAACUUACGCGGUCAAAGCCGCCAUUUUUAAAGGUUGGAACUAUUUGCGGGAUCUAUGGGCAUUGAGCGAGUGCAAGCGCAGCGAUCAGCAGCAACAAGAGAUGAGGGGCAAGCUGGAGUACCUCGCCGGUGAGAUUAUCGAGAACUAUUAGAACGAUUUUAUUGAGCAACAAAACCAUCCGAAAUGGAAACUUGUGGUUUUAUCUAUGUGAGCAGAAGCUAUAAAAAGUUUGUGACGAGACACAGACGUUGAGGUGGAUACAUUUUUUAACAUUUUACUACGUAUUUAUUUCAAAUACCAAUUUUUCGUGUACAUACAUGCAUGAUAAAAUGUAAGUAAGUAUACAUAUCUAAAGGAAUGCGAAGUAUCUCUGAAAGUCAUUGUCUAUGGCUACGACUAAGGUGGUAAGGGAAGUUUAGGUGAAUUGUGUCAAUAAGUUAGAAAAAUGUAUUUAAUGUACUUAAAUGGCGAUAAAUAUCAAUAAAAUGAGUAGCUGGAACUAAUUUAAUAUAGCACACAGAAAACAUAUACACAAGUACGGAAGGUAAUUAUCAAUAACAUUAUCCAAUUAAUAGUUUUGGGCUUCCUUAAAAAA